GUCAUUUAUUUGGUUUUCUCGCCAACCCAAUUCACUGCCGACACAGUGCAGGCGUACAAGUCUCUCGAGGCCUGGAAUUACUUCGAGUUUGGCUUUGUACGAGAGUGCAAGCUAUGGAAGCCCCAAGGAGCCGCAGUCUGCUUCGUGAGAGCCAAAGCGAUGCCUUCACAGCGUGCAACGACUGAACCUCACGACACCUGGGUGUGCCUGACCAACGCGUCUGGCGGGUUGCGCGCCGCGCACUGCACGUGCAAAGCUGGGAUGACUGAGGUCUACUGCCACGUUGCUGCAAUCCUGUACGCUGUGGAGCCCGCAGCACAGAUGGUGCCACUGGACGAAAACAACUUGAGCAAACUUGGGAAGCCGGCCAGACGUAUUUGCAAGGAACCAGACCAUGUUGCCGCAGCUUAUGUGCCUGGAGAUGAGGCACUGUUCCGGAGGCUCAAGGAGAUCAAUCCUCAAGCUGCCGUACUUCGGUCGAUUCCAAAAUUUAAUGCCGAGGAGACGGAUUCUGCCUCGGAUGCCGACGAAAUGUACAGCCUGUUGCGGUAUAAUAUGUUUUGA